GGGAACCAGCGCGAUGAUCACCUAGGCAGGAGGCUGGCGCGGCGGAGCAGCCCGGCGCGGCCCCCCGAGGCCAUGCAGCGGCGGCGCCCGGGCCGGACGCGCACCGUGCGCUCUAACCUGCAGCCGCCGGGCCCGGAGCCCGCGCUGGGCGCACGGCCGCCGUGGUGGCGCGGGACCAGCGCGCACCUGGCCGACAACCGGCUCAAGACCACCAAGUACACGGCGCUGUCUUUCCUGCCCAAGAACCUGUUCGAACAGUUCCACCGCCUGGCCAACGUCUACUUCGUCUUCAUCGCGCUGCUCAACUUCGUGCCCGCGGUGAACGCCUUCCAGCCGGGUCUGGCGCUGGCGCCAGUACUCUUCAUCCUGGCGGCCACGGCCUUCAAGGACCUAUGGGAGGACUACAGCCGCCACCGCUCCGACCAGGACAUCAACCACCUGGGCUGCCUGGUCUUCAGCAGGGUGGAGAAACAGUACGUGGACCGGUUCUGGAAGGAGAUCCACGUGGGCGACUUCGUUUACCUGCACUGUAAUGAGAUCAUCCCCGCCGACAUCGUGCUGCUGGCCUCCAGCGACCCCAACGGGCUGUGCCACAUCGAGACGGCCAACCUGGACGGGGAGAGCAACCUCAAGCGGCGCCGGGUGGUCCGCGGCUUCUCCAAGCCUGUCUCUGAAUUCAAUCCUCUGACGUUCACCAGUGUCAUUGAGUGUGAGAGGCCAAACAAUAACCUGACGCGGUUUCGUGGAUGCAUCGUCCAUGACAAUGGGAAGAAGGCAGCGCUGCAUAAGGAAAACCUGCUGCUUCGUGGCUGCACCAUCCGCAACACAGAGGCCGUGGUGGGCGUCGUGGUCUAUGCAGGACACGAGACCAAGGCGCUGCUGAACAACAGCGGGCCCCGCUACAAGCGCAGCCAGCUGGAGCGGCAGAUGAACUGUGACGUGCUCUGGUGUGUUCUGCUCCUUGUCUUCAUGGCUCUCAUCUCUGCCAUUGGACAUGGACUGUGGGUCCAGCGCUAUCAAGAAAAGCAGUCAUUGUUUGAUGUGCCCAAGCCAGACGGCAGUGACUUGUCCCCAGCCACAGCUGCAGUGUACUCCUUCUUGACGAUGGUCAUUGUUCUCCAGGUGUUGAUCCCCAUUUCCUUGUAUGUUUCCAUUGAGAUCGUCAAGGUGUGCCAAGUGUACUUCAUUAACCAGGAUGCCGAGCUGUAUGAUGAGGAAACGGGCUCACAGCUGCAGUGCCGGGCCCUGAACAUCACAGAGGACCUGGGCCAGAUCCAGUACAUCUUCUCAGACAAAACCGGCACGCUCACUGAAAACAAGAUGGUUUUCCGACGCUGCACGGUAUCUGGCAUAGAAUAUUCUCAUGAUGCAAACGCCCAGCGUCUGGCCAGGUACCAGGAAGUGGACUCAGAGGAGGAGGACACUUUGCCCCGGGGUGGCUCCUUGCCCCAGCGCAGCAGCACGGACGGCCCACGGGCGCUGCAUCGAAGCCACAGCACCAAGUCGCACCGCCGUGUGGGCAGCUUCCGGGCCGAGAAUAGGCGGGCCAGCAUGCGGGGCCAGCACACUGCCUUCAGCAGCCCCAUGGAGAAGGACAUCACACCGGACCCGAAGCUGCUGGAGAAACUGAGCGAGUGUGGCCGCUGCCUGGCCCGGGCUCGCUCCCACGAGCACCCACUUGCGCUCCUCUCGCCCGAGCUCUCCGAUGUCCUGGAUUUCUUCAUCGCGCUCACCAUCUGCAACACCGUGGUGGUCACAGCCCCGGAGCAGCCCCAGCAGAAGGAGAUGAGGGUGAAGUUGGACCUGAAGUCGCCGGUGAAGACCAUCGAGGAUUUCCUCCGUCGCCUCUCGCCCAGUCGCCUCACGGCGGGCAGUAGCAGCGGUGGCCUGAGCACCAACAAGCCCAGCUCCAAGUCGGGGCCCACCCUGCUGCGGGCCCUGUCCGGCGAUGGCGCACUGCUGGACCUGGAAAACGCGCUGGGCACCGUCACGCCGUCCGUCACCACCACCACCAGCAACGGCUACAGCAGCAGCAGCAGCGCCGCCGAGCGCACGCUGGACUCCGAGGCCUCGGGCGAGCGUCCACUGCGCUACGAGGCCGAGAGCCCCGACGAGGCAGCGCUGGUCCACGCGGCGCGCGCCUACCAGUGCGCCCUGGUGGGCCGCGGGCAGGACCAGCUGUCGGUGGAGCUGCCCCAGCUGGGCCGCCUCACCUUCGAGCUCCUGCACACGCUCGACUUCGACUCGAUCCGCAAGAGGAUGUCGGUGGUGAUCCGCCACCCACUCACCCACGAGAUCAACGUCUACACCAAGGGCGCCGAUUCGGCAGUCAUGGACGUGCUGCUGCCCUGCUCUGCAGACGAUGCCCGAGCCCGGCACCAGAGGAAGAUCCGCAGCAAGACGCAGGCCCACCUCGAUCGCUACGCCAUGGAAGGGCUGCGCACGCUCUGCAUUGCCAAGAGGGUGCUGAGCAGAGCCGAGUACACGCACUGGCUAAAGCAGCACACGGAAGCCGAGGCGGCCAUGGAGAACCGGGAGGAGCUGCUGUUCCAAUCUGCCAGCCGCCUGGAGACGCACCUGCACCUGCUGGGUGAGGUCGCGCCCCUGCCAGGUGCCACCGGAAUUGAAGAUCGCCUGCAGGAUGGAGUUCCGGAAACCAUCGCCAAGUUGCGCCAGGCAGGCCUGCAAAUCUGGGUGCUGACAGGGGACAAGCAGGAAACGGCCAUUAACAUCGCAUAUGCCUGCAAGCUGCUUGACCAAGAUGAGGAAAUCCUCACGCUCAAUGCCCAGUCACAGGAGGCCUGCGUGGCCCUGCUGAAUCAGUGUUUAAGCUACAUGGAGUCCAGGGGCCCCGGCAUCGCCCCCACGAAGACCCCCAGCAAUAUAAGCGUGGCCUUCUCCUCCAUGUGCCCGCCUGCCACACCCAGCCCCACCUUCAGCCAUGGGCCUUGCUUGGUCAUCGAUGGCAGAAGUCUGGCCUAUGCCCUGGAGAAAACACUGGAGGACAAAUUCCUCUUCCUCGCCAAGCAGUGCCGAUCGGUGCUCUGCUGCCGCUCAACCCCCUUGCAGAAGAGCAUGGUGGUGAAGCUGGUCAGAAGCAGGCUCAAGGCCAUGACCUUGGCCAUAGGAGAUGGUGCCAAUGAUGUCAGCAUGAUCCAGAUGGCAGAUGUGGGUGUGGGCAUCUCAGGCCAGGAAGGCAUGCAGGCAGUGAUGGCCAGUGACUUCGCGUUGCCAAGGUUCCGGUACCUCGAGAGACUCCUCAUAGUUCACGGGCACUGGUGCUAUACCCGCCUUGCCAACAUGGUUCUGUACUUCUUCUACAAAAACACAAUGUUCGUGUGUCUCCUGUUUUGGUUCCAGUUCUUCUGCGGCUUCUCUGCAUCCACCAUGAUCGACCAGUGGUACCUGAUCUUCUUCAACCUGCUCUUCUCGUCGCUGCCCCAGCUCGUGACUGGUGUGCUGGAUAAGGAUGUACCAGCACAUGUGUUGCUCUCGCGGCCUCGGCUCUACAGGAGCGGGAAGAGCAUCGAGGAAUACGGGCCCUGUACCUUCUGGUUGAACAUGGCAGAUGCGGCCUUCCAAAGCCUGGUUUGCUUUUUCAUCCCUUACCUGGUUUACUAUGACUCAGAUGCAGACGUCUUUACCUGGGGGACACCCAUCACGGCCAUUGCCCUCUUCACCUUCCUGCUUCACCUGGGCAUCGAGACCAGGACCUGGACCUGGCUGAACUGGAUCACGUGCAUCUUCAGUGUCGUGUUGUUUUUCUCCGUGGCUCUCAUCUACAACUCGUCCUGUCCCACCUGCUACCCCCCGUCCAACCCUCACUGGACCAUCCAGACGCUGAUGGGUGACCCCCUCUUCUACCUGACUUGCCUCCUCACCCCUGUCGCUGCUCUCUUGCCCAGACUGUUCUUCAAAGCUCUGCAGGGCAGUCUGUUCCCCACCCCACUUCAGCUGGGCCGACAGCUGGCCAAGAAGUUCCCCCCGAAACUCCCCACCACUCAGGGACCCCUCACGCAAGAACCGAGAACCAGGCCAUCGGAACCAAGCCUCGCGAGGCCCUCCUUCAGGGACCCCAGCCCAACACAGCCCCCACAGCCCCCCCAGCCCAAGCCCUCCUGCUCCCCAGAAGCCAGUGGGGAGCCCAGCGUGGUGGAGACCGGCGUGCUGGUGCGGGGCGACCCUCUGCCAGAGCAAGUUGGGCUCCCAGUCCCAGAGGUCCCCACCCCCAGGGAGGCAGAGCGCAGUGAGUGUGCGAGGCAUGCUAAGACAAAGCCCCCCAAUACCAGCAGGGCGGCCCCCCUAUUAUCCAUCUUCAACCUCCCAAGCUUGGGCUCCUUCAACUGGAUUUCCUCGCUUUCCCUGGGCAGCGGGCUGGGCAGCACCCUCCAGAUCUCGCAGAGUACUUUGCAGAUGGACAAGCAGGACAGUGAGCUCCUGCCCAGCCCCCCGCAGCAGAGCCAGGACCUGCAGAACCUCCAGGGCCAGGAUACCUACUACUUCUAGAAGCUUCUUCCAGGCACAGCAGCUGGCCAGCAGCAGCCCAAGCAACAGACUUUCCAAUGGCCUUUUUGGGGGGUGGGGGAAAUCUAUCUUAAAGUAUAUCUAUCCCAUAGAUGUUCAUGUUAUUUAUGAGCCUUCUCCGCUCAGGGUGCUGUGCGAGGUGUGUUUGUUGGUUCUCAAGGAGCACGCAGGGAAGGAAAGGUACCGCAAGAGAAAGUUUAUUUUUGCAAAGUUCUACAUAGAGUAUAUGGAUAAGAAAAGAAGGAAAAGAAAAAUAAAAGACUCAGAGCUUUAACGUAUAAAAAAAGUUGGAAGCGAAAGUAACACUUGAAGUGUGUCUAGAUUUAUUUUUUCAUCUCAUUUUAUUAAAAAAACGCAGUCUGACUGGU